AGUCCACGGCGGUAAUUUCUUUUAUCGUUUGGCUUUACUUCCCUCCGUCUGGGCUUUUCUGAGGCUGCGAGAGAUGGUCAGGUCCGGAUCUCGAUCGGGCCAGGUGAUAUCUUCAGUGAAACACACUGGGCCUGCUAAAUUAACAAAUGGAAAGAAAGGGACACAUUUAAGAAAGAUAUCACGUUUUAAUGCAGAUUCUGGCUAUCCUAUCCAUUCUGACUCAGAAAGUCAGACUGAAACUGUGCAAGGGCUUGAUGGUUGUGCUUCUUUGCUGCGGGACAUUUUAAGAAAUGAAGAUUCAGGUUUUUUAAUUUUUUAAAUGUCCUUUGCUAACCACCUUUUCUAAAUUAAUAAUUCUCUUAAUACAAAUGAAGUUUUGUUUUAAUUAUUAAUAGGUUCAGAAAUAGCAUAUUCAGAAAAUAGAUAUAAUCCCAGAUCUUUAGAAGGCAAAAGAUUUGGAUCCAAAAGAAAGGACAUGAAAAACAUGUUCCUUCAGGAGUCCGGAAAG